AUGGCGAAAUCCCUAGACUCACCCAGUAAUGAGGCAGCAUACAACUAUGCAUUUGCACUAGCCAUGACUGCUCACUUGGCCGAAGUGGAAGCAAAGUUCCUGGCCCUACCUGCUGAGGACUUCCAAUCACUAGAACAGACCCUUUGGGCUCAAGAUAUGACCACCAACUUCCACUUGGUACGAGAAUUCGGCUUGCGCAGAUUGGCUGACUACUACAGGAAAGACGAUUUGGCUCUUAACUGUCCCCAGGGUCAGUACAGACAUUCGUUGUCGUACGCCAUGGAGUCUCAGCUCUUAGGUCCUAGAGUCAAGGUACUCAAUACCAUCACCACUGAGCAAAUCUUGGCCAAGGUCGACGAGCCAGCACAGUUUACAGGUGUUCUGCUCUUCGUCAACCAACUCCGCAAGAAACUUUACUUGAUCUUGAUCAAUGCUACCAAGGUGGUUGUGGGUUCGAAUGUUGGAGAUACCCAGAUGUUCCAUUCCAUUUCACAGGUCUUAGCCGAAUACUUGACACACAUGGCUUCUAGCUUGACGGAGCAGCUUGAUAUUGGUGCUUUGUCAAUGCAGAUCGACUCCACCGUCUCGCAUCUUCGACUGGAAGCCUCCGGCACCUCAUGUGACUUUCACACCCUCUUCAGGGUAUUUAGAGCGAUGUUAGCGUCGCAGUUGCAGGUUUCCAGUGCCAACGUCGACGAACAAGAAUCCACGGCGGAUGUUGUAUGCCAGCUUCGUGAGCAAGGAAACAACUUGAUGCACAUCAGCUCUUAUCCGCAAGCAAUAAAGGUGUACACUGAGGCAAUAAGCUUGUGCGAUUGGACAUGCUCCAACAAUGUCCCACAACUCUACACGAACAGAGCAAUUGCAUUCAUUGGCCUCAACUGUUUUCCUGAAGCAGUUAGUGAUUUGAAUGCUGCUCUCCGAUACGACAGAACGUUCACACCUGCUUGGGCACAAUUGGGCUACUGCCAACUUAAUUUGGGAUCUGGUUUCCUUGCCUUGCAGUGUUUCCACACAGCACUCCGGACAGUUGCAGGCGAAAUAUACCCGGAAAACUUUCCUGAGGACCAGGAUUUGCGAGCAAAGUUCACUGAGAACAAAAUGAGGACUGUGGUUCCACAAUUUGUCCAGAAGCUAGUACAGUCGAUCAUACUCUCGGACAAAAGAGCCAGCCAACAGCUCCAAUCAACAGAAUCUAUCCGGGAGAUUACUGCAAGAACACGAGCAAUCUUGGCUCGUCUCAGGGCCACUGUUUCACCUGAAGAUUUGAACUACUUGUCGUACUCGUUGGAUACUUCUUUCGAUACUUUCAGAACGGCAGCUUCUCGAGCUAACAGAACCCGCCCUUCUAUACUUACGCCCGAUGUUGUUCAAGACAUCAUGGCAGGUAACAAUAUGGAAGCUACGGCAGUGACUAUUCUGUCUCCGAUAACAUUUACACCACCUACAUUGAGAAGAAAUAAUGGAACUAAUCCAUCUGCUGCUUCUGGAACAGAUGACGGCCCAGUGCCUCCAACUCCAGGUGCUGAUACCCCGAGCGAAAACAGAGCAACUGAUACCACUGCAACAUUCAACUUUGGAGAAGAUGGCAUACGGAACAUGUUGAAUAAUCUUGGGGAAGCACUCGGAGAUAUGGUGCACACACAAACCCAGGAGUUUUUUUCCCAAGCUAACCAAGAAGCACAGCCCACAGCAGAUGCCUCCGUUCGUACCCCAGUCCCUGCCCCUGCUCCACCUGUUGUCUCCGCUGCUGCAGAACUUGCUCGUGCUGCUGCUCAAGCUUCAGCCAGUUCAACUACGGCAGUCACUCCUUCAAGUGGCAGCUCUACUUCGAUCAGCCCAGACUCUCAAACUCAGGUAGGGGAAGAAGCAAGAGCCGCCGAAAAUGAGUCAGAGACUGGAGCUCAAACCGCACGAGCUGCAACCUCCCAACCUACUAAUUCGAGCACGUUUAUUCGAACCGUGGUGCAAGAACCGGAAGCUGGUAAUUCACAAACAGCAGCCGAUUUCCGCAAUUCUAUUCAGAACUUUCUUCCGGACAUUCGGGGAAAUCUUGGAGGAAUCAUUUCACUGGCGUUGAGACACCAUUUGGAUGCGACAAGAAAUCAGGCAAGACGAGCCAACAAUACCACUCAGGCUCCCUCACAUCCGACACCAAGCGUGGUCAGAAUUCACCAACGACCACUGGUUUCUAGGCAACUGACGAACCCACGGGCCACGCAUUCCUCUGACCGGGUCGCGGUGACUCAAACUACAGCACCCCAGACCGCAACGCCAGCUAGUCAGUCUUCAACACCGCAGGCAGAUGCUAACGAUGAUGCAGAGAUGCCCGAUGCCCCUGAUUUGGAUUAA